AUGGUAGUGGCGGAUCGUUGUGGUGGUAGCGACGACGACGAUGGUGGGGUGGUUGUGGAUAUAAUUAUAAUGAUGGAAAUGGUAGGUAUGGUAGCGACUGACAGUAGUGGUUGUCAGCGGUGGUGGUUGAUAGUAGUGGUGAUGGUGGCGGUUUGUAAUGGCAGAGAUAUGGUCAGUGGUGGUGGUGGGGAGGGGGCAGCGGCGUGGGGGGUGGAGAGUGGGUGGGUAGUGGGGUGGGGGUUUGGGAGGGUAAGGGUAGUUAUAUAUGGUGGCAAAGGUGGUGGGGUUAAAGAGUGGUUGAAACUUUACAAUGAUAGCGGUGGUUUUGAUAGCAGAGGUGCUGUUUUCGAAAUUUUCUCUGUUGCUCUUCUUCUUCUUCUUCCUGACAUCCCAUUCAUUCUUGAAGCAGGGCUGGAAUCUAAGGUCUUGGAACGUUCUCUAAAUCCACUCAUUCAACCUGUGCUUUAUGGUGCAGGGAUGCUAGGAAAAUCAUUUGUUACUCCUUUGCUGACCUUUAACUCUGCGUCAUGCUUGUCCGCUCCUGGUUGUGAUUCUGGCUCAGCAGCAGCAAACAGUCUAGUAUGGUACGCAAAUUGCUCGACUAGCGUUACAUCUAAUGUCACUAGGGGAUCUUGGUCGUCCAAUUAUCCAUCCAAGAAAUGGACAUUGCAUUCAACAGCUACGGACAAUAUAGCAUUAACCGAAGAAGAGAAGAAAACAUGGAACAAUAGCAGACAAGCUCUUUCUGCAUUAAAAUUUAACCCAGAGGAAGAAGACAAAAUAUUAGGAAAAGCAUUUGGCCACAUACAUUCGCCUUACUGGUAUGAAGAACGGAAGAGAGAGGUUCCACGACUAGAAGUUGUGAAUGAGAUAUUGGAUUAUUUAAGGAGUUUAAGCCUUACUGAUGAUGAUCUCACUAAACUUCUCAAGAAAUUCCCAGAAGUUCUUGGAUGUAGCCUUGAAGAUGAAAUGAAAAACAAUGUCGAAAUUUUGGCAAAGCAAUGGGGAAUUGAAGGUAAAACUCUGAGAAAGUUGCUUCUUCGAAAUCCAAAAGUUUUAGGCUACAACGUUGAUUGCAAAGGUGAUUGUGUGGCUAAAUGCACUCGCUGUUGGGCUCGGUUCUAACUGCUUUCCUGUUUAAUUCUCUUCCUUUUCUUUAUGUAUAAUAUUUAUCACGAUAUCAUUCUUCAACUGUUGUAUCUAAUCAUAGAUGAUAAUGAGAAUCGAGUGGUGAUUUAAUGUGCA